AGGCAGGAACAGUGCACAUCAUGACAACGAAAGCAACCAAUGACGCGGCGAAGUGGAUCGAAGCGGGACGACAGUGGGUCGCUUGGGACGUGAACGAAGGCACGAAGGCAACCAUCCAAGCCCUCGUCGAUGCUGGAAACGCGACUGUUCUGCGCCAAAUGCUUGAAAAGCGUUUGGAGUUUGGUACGGCAGGUUUGCGUGCGGCUAUGGGGCCGGGAACUGUGUGCAUGAACGACCUGGUGAUCAUCCAAACCAUGCAGGGAUUAGUUGCGUACUUGCAAGAUAUGUACGGCAUCGAAGCUGUGCAAAGUCGCGGUAUCGUCUUGGGUUACGAUCACCGCCAAUUUGGCACGUUGAACUCGAAGCAGUUUGCAGCCUACAGCGCGGCGGUAGCGGUCUCCCGCGGCAUCAAAGUGUACCUGUACGAAGGGUUCGUAGCCACGCCAUUGGUGCCGUUUGCCGUGGACCGACUGGGGUGCGUUGCGGGCAUCAUGGUGACGGCGUCACACAACCCGAAAGCGGACAACGGGUACAAGGUAUACGGCGCCAACGGAUGCCAGAUCAUUCCGCCGCACGACGAGCACAUUGCAGCUGCGAUUUUGAACCAUCUUUCUCCUUGGCACACCUACGACAUUUCGAACAUUCGCAGCCAGACGGAAGACCCCACCGAGUCGAUGAUAGCGCAAUACUUUGAGGCGAUGAAACCCCUGGCGCGGUUCCCCCACGACAAUGCCAACCCUGCCUAUCACAUCAAGGUUGCGUACACGGCCAUGCACGGAGUAGGGCUCAAGUUCACGACUCGGUCCUUCGAGACGUUCAACUUGCCCAAAUUCUAUCCCGUGGAGGCCCAAGUGCAACCCGACCCUGACUUCCCCACCGUGGCGUUUCCAAACCCCGAGGAAGGCCAAGGGGCUCUCAAACUAGCGUUCGAGACAGCAGCCAAACAUGGUUGCUCCCUCAUUCUAGCCAACGACCCUGACGCUGAUCGACUUGCGGUCGCUGAACUGUUGCCUUCUGGCGAGUGGCACCUGUUCACGGGCAAUGAGAUCGGGACCCUGCUGGGACACUGGGAGUACACGCAACACAUGAAGCAGCACCCGGAUGCAGACAAGAGCAAGCUCUAUGUUGUGGCCAGCACCGUUUCGUCCAAGAUGCUGAGGACGAUUGCGCGACGAGAAGGGUUCAAUUUUGUAGAGACUCUUACUGGGUUUAAGUGGAUGGGCAACGAAACGCAAAAGCUGAGGGAUGAAGGCAAGACUGUCCUGUUUGCGUUCGAAGAAGCGAUCGGGUUCUGCGUCGGCAAUGUAGUCAAAGACAAAGACGGUGUGUGCGCGGCUGCGGUCUUUGCCGAAAUGGCCCAACAACUUAAGAAACAAGGCAUGACGGUGCACGCGCAUCUGCAGCAGUUGUACGCGACGUACGGCCAUUUUGUGACGCAGAACCACUACGUCAAGUGCUACGACCCAGCAACGAUCCAAAGCAUCUUCAAGCGCCUUCGCAAUGAAGGCCACUACUGGCAUGCAGUCGGCAACUACGCUAUUCAAUCUAUUCGAGACCUCACCACUGGUUUCGACAGCGCCCAGCCUGACUACAGCGCGACCUUGCCCGUGUCUGCAACCACGGAAAUGAUCACGUAUUCGUUCGUGAACGGUGUCGUAGCCACGCUGCGUACGAGUGGGACGGAGCCGAAGCUCAAGUAUUACGUCGAGUCACCGGGAGGUGCGGGGUUGUCUCGCCAGCAAGUUACGGAAGCUCUUCGUGUUCAAGUCGCGGCCAUUGUCAACGAAAUGCUGCAACCCGAACUCAACCACCUGGAGCGCCCCUAACACCCUUGAUGACAACAGCAUGUUUCAAUUAUCACAAUGCCUGGAUGGUAUUGACUACA